CGUUUCUCCUUAAAUCGCCGGUCAUGCUGUCAGCUUUGCUGUCAAUUGAUCAAAAGUGUACUGUCAUUCCGUUCAAGUCCGUGCAGUAAACAGCUAACCUCGUAGAUUUUUGAAUUUUAUUUUCUGUGCCCGUGAAAAUCAAUCAACCCGAAAAUGUCCAUCCUUGCGUACAACGGAGGUUGUGUGGUGGCCAUGAGAGGCAAAAACUGUGUCGCUAUCGCCACGGACCAUCGCUUCGGUGUGCAAGCACAAACAAUUGCUACCGAUUUUGAGAAGAUUUUCGAAAUCAACCCGCACAUGUAUCUUGGGCUGGUAGGACUGCAAACGGACAUUCUGACCGUCUACCAGCGGUUGUUGUUCCGCAAGAACCUAUACGAAGUGCGGGAAAACCGUCAGCUCACUCCAGAACGAUUUGCAGCUCUUCUAUCCAACUUUCUUUAUGAAAAACGCUUCGGUCCAUACUUCAUUGAACCGGUCAUUGCCGGGCUGGAUCCGAAAACCUUCGAGCCAUUCAUCUGUAAUAUGGACCUGAUUGGAUGUCCGAACAAUCCGAGCGACUUUGUUGUGGUGGGAACCUGCGCCGAGCAACUGUAUGGCAUGUGUGAAACUCUGUGGAAACCAGAUUUGGAACCGGACAAUCUGUUCGAGGUUAUCUCGCAGGCAUUGGUGAAUGCGUUCGACCGGGAUGCCAUUUCUGGUUGGGGUGCCACCGUGUACAUCAUCGAGAAGGAUAAGCUGACGGUGAAAAAAUUGAAGACGCGAAUGGAUUAGGGUGGUUGUUUAGAGAUUGGCUCCACAAGCGGUUGGAGGAAAAACUGCUAAGUAUAAGCGAUUAUUUUGAGGGAACAUUCGAAAUUGUUUAAGAUAAUAAACUGCACUGUAAGAAACAAAA